ACUAAAAAAUCAGAAAAAUAAAAAAAAAUCAUUUUGUAAUGUUUUUUAUUAAUUAUCCUGUUUUAUUUUAAAAUGGUGCUACAAUGUUAACCAGUAUAAAAGACAAAAUAUUAAACGUUACAAAGAAUGUCGGUUUAUUUGUUUCUGACGAAAAGGAACAGAAAUCUGGAGAGAAAUCAAAUUUCAAUGCAGGUAGUUCAAUAUUGCAGCAUUUUCAAAAUUCUUGGUGCGAAUUGCACGAUUUAAAUGAGCAGAAUACCAAAAGGGCUAAUGAAGUUGCCGAUGAUAUCGAGAAAAUUUCAGGGAAAAUCAGUAGUAGCCGAGAAAAUAUUAGUCUAAUCAACCAUGUCUUAACCAAUUCAGGUAUAACCAGCAGUAUUUCACAAUGUUUGGAUCAAGUAAAACAGCUCUAUUUUACUUGUGAAACUAUAGAGCAUAAGCUUUUUGAACUAGAAGAAUUAAUAGAGUAUCGAGUGUGUGAAAAUGAAAAGCAAGGACAUUUGAUUGCACUUGAAAGUUUUAAGGUCAGGAAAAAUGAACAACUUGCAAUAUUUAAAGAAUCGCUUGAGGAAGGCUACCAAAAUAAAGUUAGAGAGUAUGAACUUCGUACGAAAGACAUGCUGGAAAUGAGACAAAAAGUUUUCCAUGAAGCUUUCAAAACAGAUCUGGAGAUUUACAAAAGCCAAGGAACAAUACCAAAAGUCGACUUAAAUAAACAACAGAAUGGAGCCAUUCUAGAGGAAAUUCAGUUAGACUUUGACCAGAUUGAAUUGGAGAAAUUUUUUGAAGAUAACACUGAUCAAAAGACUACUUAGUUUUGUUUUUAUAUAAAGGGUUUUUCUAAAAAGGAAUUGAACAGUUUUUAUGAAAAACCAUGUAUACUUGAAUACCUUAAUAGGUGCAAUAUUAUCUUAAGAAAUAAAACAAGGGUACAAUUGUUAGGAUUUAAGAAUAGAAAUAGUAAAUAGUUUAAAAAUAUUUUCAUAUAAUCUUUAAAUAUAUUGUUAUUUUUGAAAGCAACAUAAUAUAAAACAAUAAGUGUUUAA